CUGGACUGGUUCAGUUGCACAAUACGUACCGCAGUGGCUCUCAUCAGCUGUAUCUCUCACCUCCCCCUCCCUGUUGGUACUUCACAUUCCUCAAAGGCUCUCAUCACUCCGUUCCUGCUGCACUCCCGUCCCCCUCGUCGUUCUCCCUUUCUACUUCUCCUUUCUUCCAGCGAUCCGCCGCGAUGCUGAGCUUAGUGGCCACGAAGGCGGUGGUGCUGGUGCUGAUGCUGGUGCUCACCAUGGCCAUGGGACUCCUGCCUCUCUACGUGUACAGGAUGCUGACAAAAAGGCUUAACCAGGUGGCUCUCUCUAUCAGUCUGUGUUUCGGCGCGGGAGUUCUUCUUUCCAUCGUGUUCCUUCACCUUCUUCCGGAGACGCAGGAGAAUUUCCGGUUCGCUAUGGAGGAGGAACUCAUACAGCACACCUCUUACCCGGUGGCGGAAGUGGCCGUGUGCUCUGGGUUCUUCCUCGUCUACUUGAUGGAGGAGGUGAUCCAUGGCUGGGUGGCCCACCAAAAAGGAGACCACGAUCCCCAGGAGACCCACGAGGGACCUGCAACCGUGGAGGAAGCACAGAAGGAGGCGAGAGCGAGGAGAAGGUCGAACAGAGUGUCUGAGUUACGCCACAGCACGUCCAGCGUGCUUGGGGUGACGGUGAUCAAGGAAGUGAAGGGCUACCUCAAUGGCUCCUUCGAGGAAGAGGAAGCAACGCCUGAUUCCGAAAAAAAUGGCGAGGCUUCGAGCUCGGUGCACAUCCAUCACCGCCAAGAUCAGGUCAAUCCAGGGCUGUCACUGGUAGGUACGCUGAUGGUGGUGACGGCACUCUCCUUCCAUGGUGUGAUGGAAGGCCUCGCCAUUGGUCUGGAAGAGAGCAUUCGGGACAUCUGGACACUGUUUGCAGCACUGUGCUGUCACAAAGUAAUCCUUGCCUUCAGCAUGUCCAUGGAACUUCUGCAGGCUGGCAUGAAGCUCUGCCCUUUCCUUAUAUCUGUUAGUAUCUUCGCCUUCGCCUCGCCGUUGGGGGGCCUCAUCGGGGCUCUAGUGGCGGGCUUCUCGGACCAAGAAAGUGUGGCGGGCAUAUUGUCAACCACCUUGCUGCAGGCGGUGUCUGGCGGGGCCAUUCUCUAUGUGACUUUCUGCGAGGUGCUUGAACGGGAGCGGACCAAGCCCAUGAAUGGUUUUUUAAAGUUUUUGGCACUCCUGGUCGGCUUUGGCAUCAUGGCAGGGCUGGAAGCUGUAUCUGGCCACGAGCAUGGCCACCACGACAGCGGCAGUAAUUCAGACAUGACAACCACCUCUCCGGUCCUGUGCUCAUCGCCUCCACUUCCUGAACCCAUUUAACCGUGAAAGCGAGAGUCGACAGGGGAGCAGACACCACGUGCUGGGAUCAUCGGAGGAGCGCAACGUGGCCAGCAUCCCAGUACGGAGUGUGGUUGCCGUGCAUACUUGGUUAGCGGCAUAACGCUCUGUGUGCUGUGCCUCAUGCUGGGACAAAGGAGAGUGUGGAGAGGCCAAGAAUUCGCAGUCUCACCUCAGGAUGGCCCAGACGGAGGAAGCUGCGAAACUGCUGCCUGAACCAUCCUUCGCAGAUCGAACUGGUUUGGGGCAGGGCCGGUGAGAGCCACUCAGUAAAAUCCCUCUUGAUGAUCUCCAUAAUUUGUUGGUGACUCCUCGUUGUUGUUGCUGUUGUUCCUGUUGAUGAUGAUGACGACGAUGAUGAAGACAACGACGACGAUAGCGAUGACGCCGACUAAGAAGACGACGACGACGACGAUGAUGAUGAUUAACUUCUAAAUAUAUGAAAGACAAUUUUUUUCUGCAGUGAAGUGGACAGAAUCACGUAAUUAAAGCGGUGGGCUUACUAAUAGAGUACACGCACACACGCACACACACACACACACACACACACACACACACACACACACACACACACACACACACUGUUGAUAUGAGCAUGGUCGGCUUAUAACUGAGAAGGUUCGAGUCCCGGGUGCAGCGAGGCACAUUGGCAAGUCUUUUAAUGUGUAGCCCCCGUUCACUUAGUAGCAGGCAGAUAUGGGAUGUAACCUCAGGAGUUGUGGCCUCGUUGUCUCGGUGUGUGGUGUGUGAGUGGUCUCAGUCCUACCCACAGAUUGGUUAGUAUGAGCUCCGAGCUCUUUCCGUAGGAUAACGACCAUAGGUGAAUCACACACACACACACACACACACACACACACACACACACACACACACACACACACACACACACACACUCCAUAAUAUUCUGUAAUAAUUCAGUAGAAUGCUAAUCUGCUCUAAUCUUUACAAGCAAUAAAGCAUACCAAGCCA